AUGCAAAGCUCACGACCCUUAUUCGCCGCAAUCAACGCGGUUACAAAGCACAAGCACGCUCAGCAUGUCUUUAAACGCGCCCAGACAGGCAUCUUUCAUGGACGAGCGAUACGUUUCGGCAACAAUGUCGCAGAGAGCGGUAAAAGGACGACUCGAACAUGGCUUCCAAAUAUUCGACUAAAGAGACUAAAGUCGGACAUUUUGAAUAGAACUAUGCGGAUGAACGUUACAACGCGUGCUCUGAAGACGAUUAAAAAGUAUGGUUCACUCGAUGACUACCUUCUCAAAGUCCGAACCAAAUGGUUGGGAGAGCGGGCCAUGUGGUUACGGGCAAAAAUACAAGACAAGGGGAUAAAGAUUGAGGAGAACAAGGUGUUGGGCAAAUACAUAACAGCUCCGGUCCAAGCACCUUCCAAACGACCAAAGACAGAGCUAGAAUUGGCGAGCGAUCGGCUACUACAGGUCAAAGGGCAUGACGAAGGCUUGAUGUCGCGCAACUAG